AGAGAAGAGACGUCAAGAGGAGGAUCUACGGAGGGGGGGGAAAUUCCUCUCUCUUCUGCUGCCCCUCUUCGUUGCAUCCUACAGGCAGCAAGGAGCGAAGAGGAGUCAGGAGGAUCCGGCUGGCGUUUUUUUUUYYUYYUUUUUUUYCUACGCCGCUUCCCCGCAAUUCCUGUGGCUGUGUCACAGUGCGUGGAGCGCAGGGAGAGCCACCGAGCGCUCGAUCGGUGACAUCGCUCCGCAGCUGAAGAAGAGUACCGAAGAUCAGCCAGGAUGCUUAACAACCUGACCGACACAGAAGAAGGGGACGGGGGAGCACAGAGCCAGGGUGACAGUAACCCCAAGGAGAGCAGCCCCUUCAUUAACAGCAGYGAUGCUGCUGCAGAAAAGAGCCAGCAAUAUGACGGGAAGAACAUGGCCUUGUUUGAGGAGGAGAUGGACACCAGGCCCAUGGUGUCGUCUCUUCUCAGCAGCCUGGCCAACUACUCCAACCUGCCUCAAGGUAGCAAGGAACACGAGGAGGCCGAGAACAAUGAGGCAGAGACGGCACGCAAGAAGCCUGUCAAGGCCCCUCAGCUUGGCACUCUCAUGGGCGUCUAUAUGCCAUGCAUCCAGAACAUCUUCGGAGUGAUCCUUUUCCUCAGGAUGACCUGGUUGGUGGGAAUCGGAGGCGUCAUUGGGACUUUCAUCAUCGUCUUCAUGUGUUGUGCCACAACCAUGCUGACUGCCAUCUCGAUGAGUGCCAUCGCUACCAAUGGAGUAGUGCCAGCCGGGGGCUCCUACUACAUGAUAUCCCGUUCACUGGGUCCUGAAUUUGGGGGAGCGGUGGGAAUUUGUUUCUACCUGGGAACCACCUACGCUGGAGCCAUGUACAUCUUAGGAGCCAUCGAGCUUCUCCUGAUUUACAUCGUCCCCAAAGCUGCCAUCUUUCCCCUUGAGGGUUUAGAGGGACCCGAGGCGGAGGCUGCUCUGCUGAAUAACAUGCGUGUGUACGGGACCAUCCUGUUGACCUCCAUGGCCACGGUCGUGUUUGUUGGCGUGAAGUACGUCAACAAGCUGGCUCUGGUGUUCCUGGCCUGCGUCAUCCUCUCCAUCCUGGCUGUUUAUGCCGGCGUCAUCAAGACCGCCAUCGAACCACCCGAUUUCCCUGUGUGUGUCUUAGGAAACCGCACUUUGGUGUGGAAGACCUUUGAUGUUUGUGCCAAGACCAUAGAGUCAGCUAACGGGACAGUCACCACCCAGCUGUGGCGCAUGUUCUGUGAUUCACCUUUCCUCAAUGCAACCUGCGACAAAUACUUUACUAUGAACAACGUGACUCAGAUCCAGGGAAUACCCGGGAUCACCAGUGGAGUCUUGAGGGAAAAUUUGUUUGGAACCUACUAUGAGAAAGGUGACCUGGUUUCUAAAGCUGGAGUGGAUUCAGUGGAAGACGGCGAUGACCCUCUGACCAAUGCUAACCGCUACGUGUUAGCAGACAUCACCAGCUUUUUUACCCUGCUUGUUGGCAUCUACUUCCCCUCCGUGACAGGAAUCAUGGCCGGAUCCAACCGCUCUGGAGAUCUGCGUGAUGCCCAGAAGUCUAUUCCCAUUGGAACCAUUGCAGCCAUCACCACCACCUCCACCGUCUACAUGUCCAGUGUGUUCCUGUUUGGAGCCUGCAUCGAGGGGGUGGUCCUCAGGGACAAGUUUGGAGAGGGUGUUCAUGGGAACUUGGUUAUUGGCACAUUAGCAUGGCCGUCACCGUGGGUGAUCGUGAUUGGCUCGUUCUUCUCCACAUGUGGGGCGGGGCUCCAGAGUCUGACAGGCGCUCCCCGUCUCCUGCAGGCCAUCGCCAAGGAUGGCAUCGUGCCCGCCCUUCGGAUCUUUGGCCAUGGAAAGGCCAAUGGAGAGCCCACAUGGUCCCUYCUGCUGACAGCUUGUAUCUGUGAGAGCGGCAUCCUCAUUGCGUCUCUGGAUUCUGUGGCUCCUAUCCUCUCUAUGUUCUUCCUGAUGUGCUACAUGUUUGUGAAUCUGGCCUGUGCUGUCCAGACACUGCUGAGAACUCCAAAUUGGAGACCCCGCUUCAAGUUCUACCACUGGACUCUGUCCUUCCUGGGGAUGAGCUUGUGUCUCACUCUUAUGUUCCUCUGCUCCUGGUACUAUGCCAUUGUCGCCAUGGUGAUUGCCGGCUCCAUCUACAAGUAUAUCGAGUUUGCAGGUGCGGAGAAGGAAUGGGGCGAUGGGAUUCGUGGUCUGUCUCUGAGUGCUGCGCGUUAUGCUCUCAUGCGUCUGGAGGAAGGACCGCCUCACACCAAGAACUGGAGGCCACAGCUGCUGGUGCUGGUUAGCACAGAUGCAGAGCAGAAUGUGGAGCAGCCUCGUCUCCUGUCUCUGACCAACCAGCUGAAGGCCGGCAAAGGUCUAACCAUCGUGGGGACAGCUCUAGCGGGCACCUACCUGUCAAACCAUGAACAGGCUCAGCGUGCAGAGCAGGCACUGCGUAAACUGAUGGAGACUGAAAAGGUGAAAGGCUUCUGUCAGGUGACUGUGUCCUCAAACCUCCGCGAUGCUACGUCCCACCUGCUUCAGGCCAGUGGGCUGGGAGGCCUGAAACACAACGCAGUACUGGCGUCCUGGCCACGCAACUGGAAGCAGGCAGAUGACCACCAAACAUGGAGGAAUUUCAUUGAGUUGGUCAGAGAAACCACYGUAGCUCGCCUCGCUCUGCUGGUACCGAAGAACAUCUCGGCCUUCCCGUCCAACGGCGAGCGCUUCACAGAGGGUCACAUCGACGUGUGGUGGAUCGUUCACGAUGGAGGCAUGCUGAUGCUGCUGCCCUUCCUGCUCCGCCAGCACAAGGUCUGGAGGAAAUGCAAGAUGCGCAUCUUCACUGUAGCCCAGAUGGACGACAACAGCAUCCAGAUGAAGAAGGACCUGACCACAUUCUUGUAUCAUCUUCGCAUCGAUGCCAUGGUGGAAGUUGUAGAAAUGCAUGACAGUGACAUAUCAGCCUACACAUAUGAGAAGACGCUGGUGAUGGAACAGCGGUCGCAGAUGCUGAAACAGAUCAACCUGACCAAGACCGAAAGAGAAAGAGAGAUCCAGAGCAUCACUGAUUCGUCCCGCGGAUCGAUUCGCCGCAAGAACCCGGCUGCUGUGACCACCCAGCUGAGUGUGACUGAGGACCCGCCUGCCGCCAGCAAGGAGGAGAAGCCUGAAGAAGAGUCAAAGUCGGCCUCUUCCCCUGUGUCCCCCCCUGCUCAGGUCCAGCUCAUCCACGACAACACCACCCCUGCGAGCCCUGCAACCCCGUCCACCYUGCUGACCCCCGAGGAUGCUCAGAGCCCCGGCGAGCAGAUCCAGAGGACCUGGUCUGAGAAGUGUGACGGCGAGGCAGCCAAGCCUCCCGGAGCGGUCACAACCGAGGAUAUUAAAGACAUCUUCAACAUGAAGCCAGAGUGGGAAAACCUGAACCAGUCCAACGUGCGACGUAUGCACACAGCGCUCCGGCUGAAUGAAGUCAUUCUUAAAAAGUCUUCAGAGGCCAAGCUAGUCCUCCUCAACAUGCCGGGCGCGCCCAGGAACCGGGCAGGUGACGAGAACUACAUGGAGUUCCUUGAGGUUCUCACUGAAGGUCUCAACCGGGUCCUCCUGGUCCGUGGAGGUGGCCGCGAGGUUAUCACCAUUUACUCCUGAAAAAGCAGCCCCCUCCUCCUCCUCCUCCUCCUCCUCCUACAAUAACAACCCACUCCCUCAGACCUGUUCCUCCAUCAGCUGUACUCUCACCCCUCUAUCAUCGCUGCUUCAUCAUCAGGUCGCGUAUAUUUCUGCCAAGACAUCCCUCUCACACCCAACAAAUAGCCCAGCUCAGCUUUAGCGCCUCUCCGCCCGCAACAGAAGGAUAAAAGCGAAACCUUUUCACUGUAAUCUGCUCUACUGCAAAAUCAAAAGCUAAGUCAACUUUUAUAGAUUGUUUUUUUUUUGUCUUUGUAAUCAGUGAGGAGAUCUGUUAGUGGGUUCUUUGCUGAGGUGUGAGAACACAUGCAUGUCUGUGUCUGUCUUUGUUUCAGUCUGCCAUUUUUGUUUAGUUUGUUUUUUAACAUAAGUAGAUUUAGCUUCUGUUUGACUCAAAUGGGAGCUGACUGAAACGAGCUCAGUGUAAGACUGCCUCUUCAAUUCCCUAGUGGUGUUUUUUGGGACAAUUUUCACCCCUUAUUGUUCUCUGAUGUUUAUGACAAAAGCCUCUGCAGCCCACAGUCAGGACCACCAGCUGGAGGAAAGGGGGAGACUACAGCUGUCAAGUACGAACUUAUGAACAUGUGGGUCACGUCUGCAGAAAUGUUAUCUUUAACCUGCUCACUCUUUAGCACGACUCCGUCAACCMCUUCUCUUAUUCUGUUACUGCCACCCCACCCCCACCUAUCACACACUCGUUUCUGCUCAUUUCUUAGUGGCUGUUUGUUUCUGUGGCCACUGUUAGUGCCAAAAAAAAGAGAAGAUACCAAGCUGGUUUGUUGAGAUUGACACAUAAUUAAACUGUGAAUAGUUUCCUAGCAGACGGCUGGGGUGACAGCGGAGUGGGGAGACAUUACAAAGAGCCCCACUYCCCGAAGAGAUUAUCAUCGCCAGCACCUCUCGACCCUCGUGUGUGUGAUUCACUGUAAAUAAUGUACAAGCCUUGUCGGWAUGAGUGUAGUAUUUUUGUGACAAAAGCUAGAAAAGCUUCUAGUGGGAAGAAAAAAAAGGUUCCUUCGUUUGAAAAACCCAACUCAAAAAUGCGGUUUUUAAAAUACAUAUAUCUAUAUCUAUAUUUAUUUAUUGUAUUUAUUUAUUGGCUUUGUCACUGUAACCAUCAUUGUAACCUGAACAAAGCAAAGCACCUGCACUCUCCAUCACCGUGCACUGAGUGAACGUUUGAUGAUGUCAUCAAGUUGAUAAAAAAAACUCUAAAUGUUAUUUUUUCAUCUAGAAAAGAAAUAUGUAUCCAUGUUUAUAGAGAGAAUUUACACAUAUUUAUGAAAUAUUUAUGUCACUAUGAUUGUCACUCAUACUA